AUGUCUCCUGGACACCUGAGCUGGCCCCUGACUCGCAGUGCUCACGGGGUUUCUGCUGACCUGUGCCGCCAGGUCUCCCAAUACCCUGAGCCUGCCCUUGACUUGCGGUGGAAAAGGGGCCGGGAAAAGAACAAAGUGGCGGCAGCCCCGUGCCAAAACAAGAAGAAGGAGCGGAAGGAGCUUCUGCAGCGGGAACCUGAGUGGCUGGAGCACAUGAAUGCGGAGCUGAAAACCCGGAUGGAGGAGCUGAAGCAGGAGUGGCAGCAGCAGCAGCUCAUCCUGAUGCUCAGCCGGCAUCGCCCCACCUGCAUCGUUAGGACCGACAGCGUUAAGACCCCUGACUUAGAAGGCAACCCACUGCUGGAGCAGCUGGAGAAGAAGUGGCCAUGGGCUGCGAGGAGGAGGAGGAGGAGGAGAUGAUGA